UAUCUGUUACGACAUCUCGCUCGGCUCCCUCCCCCCUGCAUUAUAACUAUUCUCGCACUCCCCUCCUCACCACCAGACGUUGUCGGGACUACCACUCGGUUCUUCCUUAUAUAUCGCCAAAUCUCGGAGACGCGAGAACCUCGGAAUUGGAGGACGUUAAGACCAGUGCCUGAUAUACAGGGGAAAGUUUUAUAUCUUUACCAAAGUGUAUUUUAACUGAGGACAAGAGAAACCUUUAACUUCUUGGGGAAUUUCCGGCGUUUUUCAGUUUUUAACUUUAAAUCAUUCCAAUUCAACCUGUCAUCAUGCAAACCUACAUACAAUUACAGAGAAAUAGCCCUAUGGAUCCCUGGGGAUUCAGGUUACAGGGUGGUACGGAUUUCAACUCACAGCUCUCCGUCAAAAAGGUGACAGAAGGCACACCCUCAUACGGGCAAUUAGCACCCGGAGACGCCAUCUUGGGGAUUGGACAAAACAGUACGGAUAGCCUGACACAUAUGCAGGCCCAUGACCUCAUUAAACGAUCUGGAAAUGUGCUACAACUGAGUGUCUGCAAGGGUUACGGAGGGAUGGACGAUAGGUUGAAAAGUAUCAAGCCUAAAGGUCCCAUCAAGUUCGCGCCAUGGAAACACCAAUGAUGACAGGAGAACUAUAUAUUUUGUAACAACCGUCCAUUUUAAUCAUCUCUAAAUCUCAAGAAGACUACGUCAUCACUAAAUGCGUUUACGCUGUUAGUCGUGUUAGCCGACGUCACUAGCUUUUGUGUACGCCUCAUCUGUAUCCAUUGCAGUAACUACGUGACAGACGGUAUGAACGUGACUGAAGGAAUUGAUGUAAAACGGAGAGAGGAGACAAAUUGUAUUAAAAAAAUUAUAAACCUUUUUCAAAUCCUAAUAAUGGUUUCUUUGUCAGCAUCUUAACAUUCUUUUUAAGCUAAAUUUCCCACUGAUAAAAUCGUCUGAUGUUUAAUAGCGAAAUAUGAUCGAUAUUGAAAUAAAUGAAAUUCGAGAUGCCAUCAGCGAGAAGUGAUCAUAUGGUCUCGCUUAUGAUGUGAUUUAGUGAAGAAAUUCAAUUCAGCAGGCACAAAUGAUUCAAGUAUUAUUGUGAUCCAGUCCUAUUCUAUGAAUGAUGUUGAUCUGGAAAGAAAUUGUGGCAUAUUGUCACGUGGUGUCGCUUAGUGGACACUUAUGUACGUAUCUUUAACCUAUAUAUUUAUAGUGAUAAACAUUUCGUAAAUAAAAAACAACAACAAACAAACAAACAUUAAUAAUAGAUAAGCAGAGGCUAUUGAUCGAAUCUUAAAUCUUUACAAUUUACGUUCGUAUUUAGAAAAUUAAGAAUGUAUAUCUAAUAAUUUGUUUUGUAAACAAUUAUAUCGCUGGAAUUUAAAUCCUGAAAGUAACUAUGUUUUUUAAAUGUCAGGAAUCCAGUGUGUUUGGCAUGUGUUCGCCAUAUACGUGUUAACGUAGUUGUUUUGAGGAAACUUCGAGAAUUGUUCGACCUCGUCAAAUAGGAUGUGAUUUAUAUGCGAGUAUUAGAGAUGAUUAUGUAUGUAUAUAUACAGAAGAUGUAAACAUUGUGGUUUUCUAAUAUUUUUGUAUACCUUUAGAAUAGGCCCUACAGAGAUACCGGAAGUCGAAUUUAGUAUUUAUGUCAAAACCGGAAGUUGAAACAAGUGCAAGUAAAGGUAAUUAUUUAUGUAGAAGAGUAUCGUAUAUUAGUGUGAGCAAAUACAUCAAAGAAAUAGAACGCUUAAUUGUUUUCUUUGAAAACUAUAUUUUACUAAUAAGGCGGAAAAGACGAUGAUUUCCAUAUGAAGCUCACGAUUGAUCAUGACGUCAUGAACCUUUCACAAAUAAUAAUUUGGUUGAAAACAAACGGUGUGUAAUUUUGAUGGAGCGCGCCCGGUUAUGAAUAUAUCAGAGGGGAGGUUAUGUGUAUACAAAGCUAUAGGCAUACGAAUGUUCUUUCGUUUAUAAAUCUGACUUGAAAGUCUCUCCAUAUUUUGUAUUUGUAUAUUUUGUUUCUUAUUAUGAGCUUUUAAAGAAGUUGAAAGCAUUACCAACGAACAUUACAUUACAUGUGCAUUGCUUACAUCACGAUGAAAGCUUUUAACGAUCCUUGUGUGAUAAAUAAAUACUUUUAAAAAUCUGGCAUCAUUACUCCCCGAAAUCAUCCAACCAAUGUGUUUUUUUUUUACUUAACUAUUGGGCCGAUAUGUGCAAUAAUAAAGACAAUAGAUUCAAGUGCGUGCGAGAUGAGAGAACGCGAGAGUGUAAAACAAACCGCCGCCAGAUGUAGCUGCGGUCGGUUGUAAAGUUAACAAAUCAUCAUUCUAAGGAAAGUUUUACUUUGUAUUAAUGCAAUAGUUUUUUUUCUUCCAUUUUUGAUGUAAAAUUUAUUAAAGAACACAUUUGCCUUUA